GUUUACAUUUUUCUCGAAGUAAUUUUUUGUUCGAAAUUUACCCGAAAAUUACUCAAAAAUAUUAAAAAUAAUGACAGAAGAAGAGAAAAACCUCACAAAACAACUUUUUACCGUGACUUUCAACCAAAAAGAGCACUUUGAAAAGGUCAAAGACUCGUUCGGCAUCACGCUCAAGGAAUUUUUGCGAGGACACGACUUCAAAUCCGUUCAAAUUUACACAAAUAACGAAAAUCACACAAUUUCCGCGACAUAUUCCGAGACAAUUGACGAAGACGAGUGUUUUCAAAUUGAUUCGACGCCAUGCCCCGUGCCAAUUGCUUACGUCAAAUACGAAACGACGAUAAAUCUCGUGAGUUCCGCGGCGCAAAAAGACUUGAAUGACGCUGCUCCGCCCGGUGCUGGGCGAAAUGCUUGCUUCAACUGCGGAAAUGACGAUCAUUCGGUGCGAGAAUGCCCCGAACCGCGUGAUGGAAAGCGAAUUUCCAAAGCAAGACAAUCACUUUCAAAAAAAGUCGAGCGAUAUCACUUGAAUGUCGACCAAAAAUACGACGCUUUCAAGCCGGGCGUCAUCAGCGACGAGCUUCGGGCUGCUUUGGGACUCCGUUCGCGCGAAUUACCCAUCCACAUUUACAAAAUGCGACAAUUGGGAUACCCGCCCGGAUGGUUGGAGGAAGCAAAAACCACAGAUUCGGGCCUUGCGAUGUUCACAAGUCACAAAAAUCACAAAGAAGAGGGCGAAAAUGAUGACGACGAGGACGAAGCUAUUUACGAUCCAUCACAAAUCAUUGAUUUUCCGGGUUUUAAUACGUGUCGCGGUGAUUUUAUCGACGAUUCACGGAGAUAUGACCUGCCUCGGAUGCAUCCGAUGCACGAAAAACAAUUUUUCAUCAGUCGUUUGAGGAAGAAAAAGCCCAAAAAAGACGCCGACACGCAGGAAAUUGACAUGGAAGAAAGUCCUCCGGGAUCGCCGACGCUUGAUGACUUACGAAAUGAGCAAAAAAAGCUCAUCGAAGAACUGGGAACUGCCAUAGAGACGGAAAAAAAUGAAAAUUCUGAAGAGAAUAACUCACAAAAUUUGUCGGAAGAUCAGUAUGAAGUCAUUGACGAGGUACUUGAGUCAUCCCAAACCUCCGGAGAAGCUGAUACGUCGCUCACAACACGUUCCAAUACGCUUUCGAUAGCUCAAGGAACGCCCAUUUUGAAGUCUUGCUCGAAAUAUGAUCGACUUCCGACGGGAGAUGUUUGGCGCGAGGGCGUCAGCGAAGUGAUUGACUUUGAAAAUUUACCAAACUCGACGGGAAAAUACGAACAAAUGAAAGAUGUCAUUAGUAAAGUUAGAAAACGUCUCAAUAAGUAAGGCAUUUAUGGAGAAAAAAAAUAAAUUUUAACAAUG